AUGUCGUCAGAAAAUAAAAUAAGAAAAGAAAAAUUGUGUAUGAUGAUAAAACUAUUGGCUAUUUGUCUUGCUAUAAUAAUUAACACUACUUUUGCUCAGAUUGAGCCUCAGUACCAUAUAAAAAGCGUAAAGACUGGAACUUUUCUAGUAAAUGAUUCGAUGACAGCUGAUCAACCAUUGCAAUUAGGAGACGCUGUGAGUGCUGUUCCAUGGACAAUUGUACCUCCACCUGGAUCCUCUUCGAUUACGAAUUCUACAAUUUAUGAUGAAGAAACAGGUCUUUAUGCUGGUUUAGAAUCCCCAAUAGUACCAGGUGCAAAGUUAACUGCCGUUAUUGAACCUUAUUAUUUUCUGAUAACUAAUCUAACCUCAUCGCCUGAUUCUUUUAUUCUCUACCCACCAGGCCAAAACUAUUACUGGUUUGCUAAUGCGUCUAUUGGCUCUAACGUCGAAGUUGAGCAUGCAGAAGACAUUAAAGGUGGUGAUCUCUUUUUUGCUUUUGAGUCUACUUCUUAA